GGUUCUCCCAUUGAGACUCAGCCACCGAAACUGAGUUCUGCUCCCAUUGACAGUGAGGCACUCAAAGUCAGUACUGCUCCCAUUGAACCACCGUGCGCCUAAGUAUGGAGCCUCGGAUUGAUGAGGAGUUAGAGGUCUUGGACCCCGGUCCGCGUGAGAGGUCAUUGUUGACACGACAGCCAUAUCAUCGAUCAGAGGCCAUUUGGAAUGGCGAGGACUCGGGCCCACUUACGUGCCGUGGUCGCACUAAGGAGAUGGCAAACAUUCAGAUGCAAGAUAAUCGAGUCAUUGAUAUUAUCAAAUUGCUAAGGCUAGAAGGAUUGUUUAGAGCCCCUUCAAGAGAGAUAGACAAUUGCCUAAUAUCGGCCCUAGUUGAGCGAUGGCGGCCGGAGACUCAUUCUUUCCAUCUUCCACAUGGUGAGAUGACAAUCACCCUAGAAGAUGUGGAGGUAAUUUUUGGACUUCCGAUAGACGGUGACGUCUUGGUUGGGCCGACUGCUGUGGUGGAUGAUGGGGGUUGGAGGCGAUUGUGUACGGAGUUGCUAGGUUUUAGUCCGCCGAAUGACAAUAAAACAUUGGUGGGGCAAAGAAUUCUCAUCAGCCGACUUGUUGAGGCCGUUGCAGCGCCAUUGCCUCAUGACGCAACGGAGAUGCAGAUACACCGGUAUGCCCGGUGCUAUAUGUUAGCGCUAAUAGGGGACAAACUUUUCAUGGACAAGUCAGGAGAUAGGGUGCAUUUGAUGUUCCUGGACUUCAUGCGUAACCUUCGUGAUCCGCCACAUUAUAGCUGGGGUAGUGGUUGCCUGGCCUGGUUAUAUAGGGAGUUGUGUCGGGCAAGCGAGAAAGGGGCAUCGCAGAUUGGUGGGGCGUGCACCUUGGUCCAGUAUUGGGCAUGGGCAAGGUUGCCAUUCUUGUGCCCGAGGAUAGAGCCCCCACCUGGAUGUGAUUAUGGCCCAUGGCCAUAUGCUCCACUUGCAUUUAAGUGGGUGCGGGUGCCAAGCCCGAAGAGUAGACCAUCCAGCAUGGCCUUGGUCCACUAUCGCGAGCUAUUAGUUACAAUGCAGCCAGAGCAGAUUGUGUGGCAGCCAUACGAGGCACACUUCAGCCACCUUCCUGAGUUCUGCGUUGCAGGGAGGGAUAUGUGGACAGCAAGGGUGCCGCUUCUGUGUUUUUGCAUAGUAGAGAGACACCACCCAGACCGUGUCCUUCGACAGUUUGGCUUGGCGCAGGAGCGGCCUGACCAUGUUGUCUACGAUGAUAGGCUGCAUAAAAUCGACUUACGUGGGAAGGUGGAAAGGAAUUGGAGGGAGGAGCAUGGACCGUAUAUCAUUUCUUGGGAAAUGAGACGACAACAAGUUUGUCGUGCACCUCCUCAGAUUGGUGAGAUGCCCCGCAAUCAUGCCUAUUACGUCUGGUACCGUCCGGUCACUCGAAAGUAUGUCGACCGCAACAGCGCUAAAUUAGAUAUUAUGAUUCAAAGCCAUUUAGCGCUGUUGGCGAUGCUUCCUGAAGGCAGCCAAGCUCACAACCAUGUCCGGCGUAUCCUAAAUAAUGUGGCUGGCCUUGGUGGUGGUCCUGCAGUAAAUGAGCAUGCAAACAAUGGGGAUGAGACUGAACUAGCAGCUGCUGCAACCCCAAGCACAAGUGCAGCACCCGUAAGUACACCGACCCGUGGUCAUCGUGCUACUACAAGCCCAAGCACAAGCGCAGCUAGGGGUCGUCUUCGGCCUGCUACAGCAACCCCAAGCACAAGUGCAGUUAGGGGCCGUGGUUGGCGUGCAACAACCCCUCGGGUUGUAACUACUCUUGAGAUGCCUCCACCCAUCCCGCAAGCAUCUCUUCAACAUGAGGUCCCUUCACCCAUCCCAUAUGUAUCUCCUCAGCCCGAGGUCCCUUCACCCAGCCCACCUUCGCAGCCCAAUUUCGAUGUCAGUAUUGACCAAAAUGUGACCCCUCCUAUACUCCCCGAGACACCCUCAUACCCACACACUGGCUCUAGUGCACCCACUCCUGGCCUCUACAUAGAGCAGGAUUACCCACCUACCACAUCCUCAUCUGACCCUCUAGGAUCUCCGGUUGGGAUUGACACUGUAGAGCCACAUAUUGAUGUACCGGACCUUAAUCCCCCUCAUCAGGCCUCACCCCCACGAGGUAGACCGCAACGCAGUAGAAGAGCACCCACGUGUGGGACAGGUGGACACAAAAUAGGACACCGAGGCCCCGCUAUGUUUAAGGCAUCUUCAUUGAGUGAUAUUACUGAACUUGUGGAAGAGAGAAUUGGGCAAUUGGAGAGCAGGAGGAUUAGUAAGAGAGCGGAGAAGAAAUCCUGGGCUGCUUCUAUGAAGCCAUUGGAGUUAGCUGAGGAGCUUGAGAAGAAGCAUGCUUCUACUGGUUUGCAUUGGGAAGAGGGUGCAGCUGCUCAGCCAAUGAGGCUUGAGGGCGUACGAAGAGGAUCAACCACAUUAGGAUACUUUGAUCUUGAUGCGGAUAAUGCUAUUACAAGGACCAUUUCUUCUCAGGCAUUCAGGAGAGAUCAUGGUUCCCCUCAAGCUUUGGCUGUUCAUACUAAUUAUAUUGCAAUUGGAAUGUCAAAAGGGGUCAUUCUUGUUGUGCCCAGUAAAUAUUCCGGUUAUAAUGCUGACCACAUGGAUCCAAAGAUGUCGAUGCUCGGUCUGCAAGGGGAUAGGUCUCAUGCCCCUGUAACUUCCAUGCGCUUUAAUCAGCAAGGGGACCUGCUCUUAGCUGGUUAUGGUGAUGGUCAUAUAACUGUUUGGGAUGUGCAGAGAUCAUCAUCAGCAAAAGUUAUUACUGGAGAGCAUACAGCACCAGUUGUACAUACGUUAUUUCUGGGGCAGGAUUCUCAGGUUACUCGUCAAUUUAAAGCAGUUACUGGUGAUAGUAAGGGUCUCGUUCUGUUGCAUGCUUUCUCAGUUGUUCCCUUGCUCAAUAGGUUCUCCAUCAAAACCCAGUGUCUUCUUGAUGGACAAAAAACGGGAAUUGUGCUAUCAGCUUCACCGGUCCUUUUUGAUGAAUUCUCUGGAGGUGCUUCCCUGUCCUCUCAGGGAAACAAUGCAGUUUCAUCCAGCAGUCUUGGUAGUAUGAUGGGAGGUGUAGUAGGUGGAGAUGCUGGCUGGAAACUCUUUAAUGAAGGCUCUUCUUUAGCUGAAGAAGGUGUGGUCAUAUUUGUCACCCAUCAAACUGCUCUGGUGGUAAGGCUUACUCCUACUUUGGAAGUCUAUUCGCAGCUUUCUAAGCCAGAUGGGGUUCAAGAGGGUUCUAUGCCUUAUACUGCGUGGAAAUGCAUGACACAAUCACGCAGUUUGCCUAGUGAAAACGUACCUGUAGAAGCAUCAGAGAGAGUCUACUUGCUCGCAAUUGCUUGGGACCGAAAAGUUCAGGUUGCAAAGUUAAUCAAAUUAGAGCUAAAAGUAUAUGGGAAAUGGUCUCUUGACAAUGCAGCUAUAGGUGUGGCUUGGUUGGAUGAUCAGAUACUGGUUGUUCUUACAUCAACUGGACAACUCUGUCUGUUUGCUAAGGAUGGAACUAUGAUUCACCAAACAAGUUUUUCUCUGGAUGGUUAUGGUGGAGAUGAUCUUGUUGCAUACCAUACCCACUUUAUUAAUAUCUAUGGAAAUCCUGAGAAAGCUUUUCACAAUUGCAUAGCUGUAAGAGGAGCUUCAGUAUACAUCCUUGGUCCUAUGCAUCUUGCUGUUUCUCGCCUUCUCCCAUGGAAGGAACAGAUUCAGGUUCUGUGGAAAGCGGGUGAUUGGAUGGGUGCACUGAACAUGUCAAUGACACUUUAUGAUGGCCAGGCGCAUGGUGUUAUUGACCUUCCUAGAACCUUGGAUGCUGUACAGGAGGCCAUAAUGCCCUACCUUGUGGAGUUGCUUUUGUCAUAUGUAGAUGAAGUAUUUUCUUAUAUUUUGGUGGCAUUUUGCAACCAAGUUGAGAAAAUGGAACCACUGGACAACCCAAAUAGUAGAAGCAGUUCUGUGCACUCUGAAAUAAAAGAGCAAUACACUUGUGUUGGUGGAGUUGCUGUGGAAUUCUGUGUUCAUAUCAAGAGGACUGACAUCCUUUUUGAUGAAAUUUUCUCCAAGUUUGUGGCGGUACAACAGAGAGACACAUUUUUGGAGCUUUUGGAACCAUAUAUAUUGAAGGACAUGCUUGGAUCACUGCCUCCUGAGAUUAUGCAAGCACUUGUAGAACAUUACAGCAGCAAAGGAUGGUUACAACGAGUUGAACAAUGCGUCCUUCACAUGGAUAUCUGUUCUUUGGAUUUCAAUCAGGUUGUUAGGUUAUGUAGAGAGCAUGGAUUAUAUGGUGCUCUGGUGUAUCUCUUCAAUAAAGGAUUGGAUGAUUUUAGGGCUCCUUUAGAGGAGCUGUUGGUGGUCUUGCGAAAUAGUCAAAAGGAGAGUGCUGCUGCCCUUGGGUAUGUAUAA